UUUCUUAAUGCUCACAGUUAGCUUAGAGAAAGAGAAACUUCAUACUUGGUGCGCGAGUCAGUUGUUGUGCGUAAUGUAUUACAAAUAAUACAAUAUAUGACUAUUGUUGUGCGUAAUGCGUUGUUAGAACAGUGAAUACAAACACAUCGUAUGAAAAGGCGUGUCGUCGAGGAUCAGCACCUAGCACACCUGUUAUGGGUCAAAAGGGAGAGUCAACAUCAAGAUUUACAAAUUUCUUCUCUAAAAGAUCCUUUCGAUCUAUUCCUUUAAAACGGACUAAAUCUGUAAUUAAAUUAGAACGUUCUAAACGUGGACAAGGAGGUAUCAGAGGUUCUAGGUCACACGAAAGUCUGCUAUCCACUCACGUAGUAAUGUCUAACAUUGAUUUAGCUUGUAUCGGAACUAUCGAAGUGGUUCCUGUGCAUUCAUCUGUCCUUGGCAGGCGCCAUUGUUUUCAAGUGCGAGGUAUUUCGCAUGAAGAGCGAUAUUACAGCUGUGGGACACGCCAAGAACGUGAUAUAUGGAUACAUAGCUUGCGUAAAUCUAUCUCUCCAAACAAAGACAAUCGGCGACGACUAGAUAAUUCAUUGAAAAUGUGGGUUUAUGAAGCAAAAUCAUUGCCACCAAAAAAGCGUUACUUUUGUGAGAUAUAUAUCGAUAAAACGUUGUACGGUCGAACAUCCGUCAAAUUGCGAGCAGAUCUCCUUUUUUGGGGUGAAUACUUCGAUUUUCCAGAUAUUCCAGAAGCAAGCAUUAUCACCGUAAAUGUGUAUCGAGAAGCAGAAAAGAAGAAAAAAAAAGAUAAACAUGUGCUUGUUGGAUCGGUAGUCAUUCCCAUUGAAAAAGUUGCAGCGAGAACUUUUUCCGAAGAUUGGUAUCAAAUUUUGAUGGAGAAACAGGACAACGUAAUAAAAAGCCCAUCCAAAGAACCGGCACCAACACUUAGAAUCAAAUGUCGAUACCAAUCGAUUGAUAUUAUGCCAUUGGAUGUCUACGGAGAAUUUCACGAAUUUUUGAAAAAAAAUUACAAAAAAAUUUGCGAAGUUAUUGAACCAAUCAUCGGAGUUAAAGCAAAAGAAGAUAUUGGACAAGCAUUGGUACUUCAAAUGCAUUCUCAAGGAAUGGCUGCCAUAUUUUUGUCUGAUGUGGUUGCAUUAGAUUUAUUGCGAGUGGAUGAUCAAAGACUAACGUUUCGCGGCAAUUCUUUAGCCACAAAAAGUAUGGAAGCGUUUCUUAAGCUCAUCGGAGAGCAAUAUUUACAGGACACGUUGUCUAUUCCAAUAGCGGAAAUAAUUGCGUCCGAUCGAGAUUGCGAAGUAGAUCCAACAAAAGUGAAUGGAUCGUUAUCGCGUCAACAGCAGGCCCUUCGAAGAACUGUUAAAUCCGUGUGGAUAGCAAUUGCUGAGAGUAGUAAGAAUUUUCCCAAGCAGCUACGAGAUUGUUUUGCAACAUUUCGUGAACGAUUACAUGAUUUGGAUCGCGAAGACAUGGCAGACAAUUUAAUAAGCGCUUCUAUAUUUCUACGUUUCUUAUGUCCAGCCAUUAUGUCACCUAGCUUGUUUAACAUCACUAAUGAGCUUCCAUCAGCGCGUGCAACACGAAAUUUGACCCUUGUUGCCAAGACACUCCAAACGUUGGCAAAUUUCACACGCUUUCAAGGAAAAGAAAAUUUUAUGGAAUUUUUAAACGAUUUUCUGGAACAAGAAGCACCACGUAUGAAGCAGUUUCUUUACGACAUAUCGUGCUCCAAUUUUAGUAAUCCAGACAAUUUUAUGGAUUGGUCUGGAUGUAUCGAUCAGGGUAAACAGUUGUCCAUUUUGCAUAGCUUACUGUACGAAAUAGUGCUAAAACUACCAGCUGAUAAACAACAUGAAAUUCAGCCACUACCAGCGAUUCUUGCGACGAUUACGCAUUGCAAGCAAGUAAAUUGCACAACAUUAAAUGCAGAUCAAUAUUGUACUGGAAAACCGCACAUUGUUCAGGUCAAAGAAAACUUACUAUCAAAAAAAGAAGACAUUCUUCAAAGUGCUGGUUCCGCCAACAUGUCAUCCAAAGAAUAUUCCACGAAGAGAAACCCAAAAAUACUCAAAAACGAAUGUACCGUACAAUCGUCAAAUACUCUUCAACCGUCGACACAUUCAUCUAGUUUUUCUCUGCAUUAUUCUACGAGUACUUCUACUAACUCAUUAGUCAAUAACACAAAACAGUUGGACAAAGAUGCCACAGAUAAAAAUGACGACAUAUGUGCAAUGGGCAAGCUUAAUUUCAAUAGCCAAUAUGGCUCGAACAUCAUCUGUAGUGGUAGUUUACGGACUUAUUCAUCUACAGGAGCUACAUCUUUCGGUGCCGUGAACAGCCUGAUGACGAACAGUUUGCGAAACGAAAAAGAAAAAUCGAAUAAUUUACAAGGUGAUAUUAGAGCCAAUACGUUACCACGUUAUAACAAUUAUACGACAAGCGUUUCCAUUCGCGAAAAUACUUAUCCAGAGAGCAGUAACUCGGUAGGGUACGAUCACGAAGUCAACGGAAAUUCAAGGUUAAAUGGAAUCAAUAAGAAUCUUAUCCAAAUUGACAUCGAUCCCACAAAUCCUAUAAACAGGAAAAGUCCCACGCCAUUAUUAAAAAACAUAUCGUGUUGUCAUUACAUCGCUAACAAUCGAAUUCAAGAAGGGUCUCAUCAACGUCUUACAAGUCCAGGCUCUAAUCUUAGCGACUUGGAUAAGAAUGCAUUUAAUUUGGGUAUUCCGCACAAUGAUACAAAUCGAGAACAGCAAUAUUCUCAACAUAUCUACCCAGCACCUGCGCUGAAAGCUUCGAAUAUCACAACAAUAUCUUCGUUUGUACCGCGUCAGUCGACAACAACAUUCAACCCAUCCAAAAUGCCAAUGAGUCUAGAAGAUUUGGAAGAUUUGUUAAAUUAUGCUGAUGAACAAAAUCAAACUUCGUUUAGCGAAAGUGUUUCCAACCGUGGUGGAUGCGAUCCAUGUGGUACAAAUACCAAAGCAAAUAUAGCUUCCAACGGUAGCAAUGCGUCUAUUAGUCAAAUCUCGAACAUAUGUAGUUCCGGCUAUCAAAGUAUCCCUACGCAAUCGACGAGCUCAAGCCCGGUAGAAUCAACAGGCGAGCAACAUAGUCUAGUUACUAAUAGAGCACCACCAUCACGUAAAUUAACAACUACCCUUAUUGGUUACAAUAUAGGAACAAGUCAAAAAUUAUGCAUGAAUGAUCAAGCAAUCGCCAAAGCAGAUUUACCAGUAUCCAGUAUUAACAUGCAGCUAUCCAAUAAAAGCGACCCGCUCGUCACAUCACACGGAACCAUUCAUCACUAUUACGAUCGUAAAACGCCAAAUGAACAAAGCAAUGUGAACAGAAUUUUAAACAACAAUUACGUUGAUAUCUCGUACGAUGUCUUGUCACCGUGUAAAAGUCCGAUUGCAAGCAAAAAAACUGAAUGCACCAGCCUUGGAAUUGAUGAACACAACGAUUUAGCACAUCCUGUAGAGUAUUUUGGAAUAAAUCGAACUAAUCAUCAUUCACGACAUAAAAGAAAAGUUAUACAUGGUAUCCGCAGAAGUGGUAGUAGCAUACAAAGUGAGUCGAGCGACGAUGAACGAGUCAGCAAUACCACAUCAGAAAACUUUAAUGAUAUUGAUUCGUUAACCACGGGAAACGUAUCAGCUUUAGAACGAAAUCAUAUUUUGAUAAGCAAUGGUAACGAUUAUGAUCAAGCUUCUUCCGGUUUAUUUGGAUGUCGAUUAGGAUGCAGGCGUAUGCCGCGAACUAAUCCAUUGAUGCAGUAUGAUAAGGAUGAUGUAUCGGAUAUCAUUGGAAAUAGCGGUGUCGACACUGCUUUGACAAACCAUCAAAGAAAUCAAAGUUUUCAAAGCCGCUUUCAUCGACGUCUAUCGAUAGAGUGUGCACGAGCACUGUCAGAUAGCUCUACCGACGAAACCGAAAGUGAAAAAACGAAAACUUUCAACUCGAACCAGCACACAGCGCAGCAUCAUAAUCUUAGCAUUUCUACUACAACCCAUACAAAUAUUUUCCACGAAAAUGACACCAGAAGGCGACGGAAUGCAAACAAAUCAGUUGAGCAGUGUGAGAGAGAAAUUCAGAGACUACAGGCAUCAUUAGACUCCAUGCGGAAAAAACUAGAAAUGUCUGAGCCAGCAGAAGGAAAUGCCAAUAAACUGGCAGCAAUUACACAGCAAAGCGACAGUAAAAUUCGAAGCAUAAUAGGAAGAUUGCUGACCAUGGAGGAAGAACUGCGACAAGAGCAAUACAAAAUGUCUUUAGUUUUGUCUCACAAACAACGUGUAAUUGAAGCUCAAGGGAAACAAAUCGCAGCUUUAGAUGCGGCAAACAAUCGACUUCUAUCCGCAUUAUCUACCUUGCAGAACCGAUAUGAAAGUCAAUCAAAUCAAAGUGAUGAUACUUCAUCAUCGCAUCCAAACGCGGGUGCAUCCUCUUGCUAGAUGUAUAGAAUUAUCAUGUAAUACCACAUUAUCAUGUCUAGACGACCCAAAAAAUCUUUAGUAACAAUGUUUGGCGACUCUUUCUUUGAUAGAUGUUUUAGCACGAAAGUAUGGCUAAGUUGGGUUGUUUCGUCUGUGAAAAACUCACAAACCCGCUACAAACACAGUUGCUCCUGAUUUUGUUCUAAAAUUGAGAAUGUUUGUUUAGAAUAAAGAGUUUGCAAAAAUA